CACGCACUUUUUGGACGCUGCCUACGAGCUGAAUCCGAUAUCACCGUAGCUGUCCGCUUGUGAUUCGUGCACUCACCAUCAUUCGACAGCUUGAUUGAUAGUUUAUAACUUCGUUGGAGCGACACAAGCGUCAAAAAACAAAGUAUGGACAGCCAACGCGCCGCAAGGAUAGCCACCUUUAGCGUCGGCAUCGCCGUCGCGAGCUACGCCGCCUACCAGCUCGGCAAGCUCGUGCAGCGCAAGCGCCACGACGCGAAAAACAGCACGAGCUGCGUCGAGCUCCGGCCGCCGUUCCCGGACGAGGUCGUGCAGCUGCUGCGGUCGUCGGUACUCUGCUACCUGUCGACGCUGGCCGACGGCGCGCCGCACCUGUCGCUGAUGAACUUCACGUACUGCCCCGCGGACGAGAAGAUCAUCAUGUCGACGCGGCGCGACACGACCAAAUACCGCGCGCUGCUCAAAAAUAAACGGGUCGCGGUGCUCAUCCACGACUUCCCGGCCGAGGAGCGGCAGCGCGCGGCCGCGGCGUCGGCGCGGGCCGCCGGUCAUAGCGGCGACUACGCGCAGACGUACUCCGUGACGCUCUACGGCAGCGUCCAGGUCGAGACGGGCGCCGCGGCCGAGCGGUACCGCGCGAUGCAUUUGGAGCGCAACGGCGCGGGCCAGCGCCAGUUCAUCGUCGGCGACAACAUCGGCAUCAUCACCGUGCUCGUGGACAAGGCGCGCAUCUGCAACCAGGCCGACAAGGUCCACAUCUGGGACGCGUCGGCGCCGGUCGUGCAGUCGCCGAGCGAGUGCGACGUGGACUCGCCGAAGAGCGCUUAGUGCGUUGUAAUGGAAUUUUACACAA